AUGGACCAGGUACCAUCUGCAAGCAGCGAGCAGCCUGUCUGCAUGGAAUCUUCCCCAGUGGAUGCCUGCAGUAAGAAAACUGAGGACCAUCUUGAUGGCAAAGACAACUCUUUGAUUGAAGGCAUGUAUCUAAGUGCCAAUAUGGAAAUAGAGUUAAUUGGCGAGAACACGGCAAAAAUAUCAAAGGAAGACUGUGGUGAUGCAGAACUAGUGCAAAAUGGUGCUGAUGCCAAUCUGCUGGGGGAUAUUCCUACAAGCCACAUUCAGUCAGGUCCAGCACAUUAUCAAGGUCAAGAUUUACACAACUUAUUCAAACUUAUGCAAGGAUUGCAAAAGUUGGUAGCAGAGUGCAAAGAUGCAAUUGUGAACAAUAAUCAACUGCAAAUGUGCAAAGACUUGUUAAAGAGGAUGGUGCAUGCGGUAGCAGCUCAUGUUAUACAUCUGGCCGGCCAGACCAAAGUCUAUGUUCCAUCCGUGACUAUACAGGAGUUAGAAGCCUUUGCUCAAAUGAGCUUGUGGAACAAGUCAGCUGUACGGGUUUUUGCGGAUAACUUUGUAGUGUUUCACGGCAUCAAUAAGACACAUACAGCCUUACAAUCUGUAAUUGACCACUUCCACAUACACAUCAAGGGGCUCAAGGCCAAAAGACAGAAACAAUCCAAGCCUGCUACAGUGCAAAAGCUGUGUAGUAUUUGGACAUUGCCACAAACAGCAUAUUCAGUGGCACUUUUGACCGCCAUCCAGAAGUUUGCAUGGGAUAAACAGGGUGCUUGGCCUUAUCUGUGGAAUUCUCAAGCUGAGUAUAGCCCCAGCAUCGCAUUUGUGCCAGGCCUUCCUAUCAACACUUACCGCAGUGAACGGCUCUCAAUAAGUUCCUGCAACCAAGAGAGUAAUAUCCAGCUAUCAAUUUUACUAGGAAAAACAUGUAUGCCAGGCAUAGCGCAGGGCCUAGGGUCAGCACUAUCAGUUUGUUCCUUGACCUCCCCACUGGCCUGA